CAGAGUUCAAGCGGAGGCAGACAUGUCUGUGCCCGACGCGCACAGCCCGGACAGCAGCAGCCGGAGGAGGAGGCCGGCGGAGCUCCCCCCAGAUCCUUCGUGGGAUCAUGAUCUCCACGCAAGUUACAAUCAUGAACAGCUCCACGACCCAGGUCAACCACUUCUUUCAGCAGGCACUCCACCCACACAUCCGUCCGUUUGUCCACAACAUCGAAUAUGCACCACACAGUGCAUAUCUGCACACACACGUUCAAACCACAACACAUGUGACGACAGUUGGGAGGAGAUUCAAAGCAAGAGAACCAUCAGGGCAGAGAACGAAGUGGAAGCCAACAAACUGGUCAACAACUACAGGUUUGGUUUUCGAAAGUGGAAGAGCCAUGUGACAGAGCGUCCGUUUGAAGAAAGGUCGGAGGUCGUGAAAGAGCUCUACUCCGAACUGAACGCCAUCAAACCAUAUUCAGGUUCAGGUCAUUUUAUCACAUGUGGAAAUGUGCUGUAUGUGUUUCUCUUUGGCUGGUGGGUCUCCCUGGCAUAUUUCCUGGUCAGCAUAUUGAUGUUCAUCACUGUCAUUGGUGUACCAUAUGGGAAGCUUUGCUUGAAGUUGUCCUGUUUCUUCUUGUGGCCUUUCGGCAAGUCAAUCCACGAGAUUGGAAAUACACUGAGGAGAUGUUGUGAGCAAGCCCCAGACUGUGAGUGCAACUCAGACGGAGCUGACGAGAACUCCCCUGUCCUGCUGCCCUCCCCCACAGAGGUGACAGUCCCAGAGAGCCCGAGACGACCUCAUUGCACUCCCUUCUGGCGUCGUUUCUCCACCUACGUGUGGCUGCUGCUGGGAUACCCGCCUCUGGUGGUCGUCCACUCUCUGGCCUGCUUCAUCUCCUGGAUCCUGAUCUUCACCAUCCCCGUGUCCAAGAUGAAUGCACGGACGCUGGCCGUCAUUCUGCUCCUGCCUCCUGAGGACGUUUCUUUUUCCUCCUCCUCACAAAGAAAGCAUCAAUGCUACGAGACCAGAGCGCUUCUGUGCUGCUACCAUGCUACCAACUGGUACUACUACAAGUACACUGUUGAUGGGAUCAAUGUGUUCGCUGUCAACCUCCUCCCUCUGGUAAUCGUUGCCAUAGUAAUUGGAUACAUCGACAAAGAAAACGAUUACGCCAGCUCUAACGUCAAGUUCGCCAUAGCGCUCGGCUCCAUGAUACCUCUGUCGUAUUACAUUGGUAUGGGCAUCGCCAGCAUCUCGGCUCAGAGUAACUUUGCUGUGGGUGCAGUGGUAAACGCCAGCUUCGGCUCCAUCACAGAGUUGACCUUCUACAUCACGGCUCUGAUCAGAGGUCACCAGGCCGCCAACCCGUGUCUGCAGGAGGUCGUUAAAGCGGCGCUGACUGGGACGCUGCUCGGAUGCAUCCUCUUCAUUCCUGGCAUCUGCAUGAUAAUCGGUGGACUCAGACACAGCGAACAAAGAUUCAACAGUCGCUCUACAGGAGUGAGCUCUGCUUUGCUUUUCAUCUCUGUCGGAGGUGUAUUUGCCCCCACGUUGUUCUCCAAGGCUUAUGGGAACCUGGUGUGCGAAGGCUGCACCAACUCCAGCGGACCAAACCCCAACGGCAGCGCACCGUUCGUCUGCCACAACUGCCACUACGAUCUGAGCAAUGGAACACUGUUCCACAACCACGUUGAACCGCUGGUGUUCACUGUGUGUACCCUCCUGCCGAUCGCCUACAUCAUCGGUCUGAUCUUCACACUGAAGACUCACUCCCACAUUUACAACAUCCAAGUCGGAGAGGGACAGGUGAGCCGCCAACAUGGAGCAGUGGUCCACUGGUCUCGCUGGAGGUCUCUGAUCAUCCUCAUCAUGGCCACCGUGCUCACGUCUGCCUGUGCUGAUCUUGCCACCGAGCACAUCCAGCCGAUUUUAAACCAGCCCAACAUCUCUCAGUAUUUCAUCGGGGUGACAGUUCUAGCUAUGGUUCCAGAGAUCCCUGAGAUUGUUAACGGGAUCCAGUUUGCUCUCCAAAACAACAUCAGUCUCAGUUUGGAGGUGGGAAGCUGCAUUGCUGUGCAGGUCUGCAUGCUGCAGAUUCCAAUACUGGUCUUUUUUAAUGCUUUCUAUGACGUGGGCUUUGUGCUGUUAUUCAGUGACCUGCACCUGUGGGCCAGCAUGUUCAGUGUGAUCGUCGUCAACUACAUCUUCAUGGACGGAAAGUCUGAUUAUUUUCAGGGCGCAGCUCUGGUGGUUGUCUACCUUAUUCUUCUGGCUCUGUAUUACUUUGCUCCGUCUCCAGCUGCAUGCUGAGUGUGGAUCUUUGAUUUUCACCCAAAGUUUUACUUUUUAAGCCUGAAAGAAACUCAAAGUACAAAUUCAGCACCACUCCAUGUUGGUUUAUAUUUACUGAUCAUGUGGGGCUUUUAAUAUGUUUUUUUUUAUGCUUUACUCUGAGUCACACAGGUGGUAAAACUGAACAGUUUAAUGUGAGCAAGUUACUUUUUUUUUUUUGCUCUGCUCAAACAUGCAACUCCUACUACUGUAAGUUUGUAAGCUGACAGAUCUCUUAGUGAAUUGUGGUGAAAAGAGUUUUUAUUUUAAACACAAAUGGAUAUUAUGAUGUAAAGAAUCUGCACUAAUGUUAUUUUGUUGUUAGGUUACUGUCAUAACUUUGUAUACUUUUUAUCUCCAAAAUGUAAAUAUGGAAUGUCUAUGAAGUGACUUUUUAUCCAUUAAUAUUAAUAUGGUUAAAAUGGCUGGACGCUCACCUAGGCAGGUCUCUGCUAAAGUGGCAAUGAGUUCCCAGUGAUAAGAUCCCUGCACACUUCUCCGUGUGUGAAGAUCUGUCAGUACUACAGUGUGUCAAUGCUGCACAGUGUAAAACAAUAACAUCUGAAAACAUAAUAUUAU